ACAACGGUUGUCAAGUUUUCAAAUGCGUUCAAGCGAAUCAAAUGAAAAUCAUCCUUAUGACUACAACAAAUUGUUAGAUCGUCUCUCCGAAAAGGUUGUAUAUUCCAGCGAUGUGUGCGAGAGACGUACCACAGUGCUAGAUCUUUUCAACGAUCGUAGCUUUGAUAAGGAAACCCUAAUUUAAUUCAAUUUUAUGUGUUUGUUAAUUUAAAUUUCAUUUGUAGAUGCCGAAUGAAUUUUUAUUAAUAAUUGAUUUGUUUCAAAAAAAAAAAAAAAAAAUUGAUAUCCGCCAAAGCCGAUAAAGCUCAUAAUUAAGAAUUCGUGUUAACCAGUUAUCCUCUUGACUUUUGGCCGUUUUUCACUCGAAUAAAGGAAAAUAAAUAAACAAAUUAAUAUUUGUAAAAAUCAAAUUUUCUCGGGAGAGUGUUUGCAAAAUCAGUAGAAGAACCUCCUUCCAGAGCUCUCCUUGUCUUCAUCAAAUUCUCUCGCUUCCCACAUUCAUUCUUCUGUUAAUUUCAAUGGCAUCUCUCUCAAUCACAAGCACAAGUACCCUUCCUUUAAUUUGAAGUGCUAAGCAAAUAUACCCUUUUUGUAAAUCCCACAAACAUUUAAUCUUUCCUAUCCAAUCUUCUCCCAAAUUUAACCAUCUUUCUAUUUCAAAUUCUCUCUCUUGUUCUCCUCCUCUUCUUCUUCACAACCGCCAUGAUUUCAGGUGCUGCUUCUCUAACAUUAUGGAUGAAGGAAUGCUAGAGGAGGAAGAUGGGGAAAGGGGGGAGGCAGGUGCUAAGAGGAUGUGGGAAAGUGUUGAAACUCUCACUAAAUAUUAUAAGGAGGCUGUUUUAGCUGGGGAUUAUCAGACCAUUACAGAAAUAGAGACUGUAUUAUUAAGACUAGAAACCGAAAAGAACAAAUUGGAAGAAAGAUUAUCAACAUUGACAGAAGAGAUAACUUCUGGGAAGGAGAAGUUUAUCCGACUGCAAGCCGAUUUUGAUAAUUUUAGAAGGAGAUCAGAGAAGGAGAGACUUUCAGUUCGAAGCAAUGCACAAGGUGAAGUUAUUGAGAGUCUUCUGCCAAUGGUGGACAAUUUUGAGAGGGCGAAGCAACAAAUCAAACCAGAAACAGAUAAGGAAAAACAGAUUGAUACGAGUUAUCAAGGUAUUUACAAGCAGUUUGUAGAGAUCAUGAGGAGUUUGCGUGUUGCUGUCGUUGCAACAGUAGGGAAGCCUUUUGAUCCAUCGUUGCACGAGGCCAUUGCCAGAGAGGAGUCUGAAGAAUUCAAGGAAGGCAUUAUAAUUCAAGAAUUCAGACGUGCUUUUCUCCUUGGUGAUCAACUUUUGAGACCAGCAAUGGUAAAAGUUUCUUCAGGUCCUGGUAGGAAGAUAGAUAAAACAGCCACUCAAAUAUCCUUGGAGCAACCCGCCGCAGCUGCUGGCAUGGAUGAACAUUGAUUCACAAUGCAAUAUUGAAUGUGAAGAACUUUUGGCUUAGUAUUUAUACUAUAAUGAUUCGUUGGUCGUGAUAGUUCAUAACCUAUUUUAGGCUUCUUAGCAUUCAUCCACCCUUUUGUGAACAUACACACACAAGGAAAGCAUCAAUUAUUAUGUCAUGCAGCAUUUUGCUGAAGUUGAUGUUUACAAGAUGAAUGAAUUGUUCUUUGGUGAAAAUUGAAAAUCUAGAGUAAUUUGGUCA